CUGGUCGCUGGGGGGAGGAGGAGGAGGAGGGAGGAAAGCCCUGGCUGUGAUGCCGCUGGAUGAUGGCUGCUUUCGGGAUCUUAAGUUACGAACACCGGCCAUUAAAGCGGCCCCGGCUUGGCCCUCCGGACGUCUAUCCUCAGGAUCCGAGGCAAAAAGAGGAUGAGCUGACUGCGCUCAAUGUGAAGCAAGGGUUCAACAACCAGCCGGCUGUGUCUGGAGACGAACAUGGCAGUGCCAAAAAUGUCAACUUCAACCCUUCUAAGAUCAGUUCAAACUUCAGCAGCAUCAUCGCUGAGAAGCUGCGCUACAGCACGUUUCCGGACACAGGGAAGCGUAAACCACAGGUCAACCAGAAGGAUAAUUUUUGGCUUGUCACAGCGAGGUCGCAGAGCUCCAUCAAUAACUGGUUCACGGAUUUAGCUGGGACUAAACCUCUCACACAGCUCGCUAAAAAGGUACCAAUCUUCAGCAAAAAGGAGGAGGUUUUUGGAUACUUGGCCAAGUACUCAGUCCCUGUCAUGCGCUCAGCGUGGAUGAUAAAGAUGACCUGUGCUUACCACGCGGCUAUCACAGAAACUAAAGUCAAGAAGAGGCAUGUGAUUGAUCCUUGUAUAGAAUGGACCCAAAUUAUUACUAAGUACCUUUGGGAGCAGCUUCAGAAGGUCGCCGAGUAUUACAGACAGUUUCCCAGCCAAGGCUGUAGCUCACCCUUACCAGCCACGCCAGCGGACGUGGAGACGGCAAUGAAGCAGUGGGAGUACAACGAGAAGCUAGCCAUGUUCAUGUUCCAGGAUGGUAUGUUGGACCGACAUGAGUUCCUAACGUGGGUGCUGGAGUGUUUCGAAAAGGUCCGACCUGGUGAAGAUGAGCUUCUUAGACUUCUUCUGCCCCUUUUGCUACAGUACUCAGGGGAGUUCGUACAGUCUGCUUAUUUGUCACGGAGACUGGCUUACUUCUGCACACGCCGACUCAACCUGUUGCUAAGUGACGGGAGCCUGGGCCCCGGCACAGGAGGGCAUCCAACACAUGGCAUCUUGACACAGCAAGGCAACGCCCUGCCCCCAACACCAACCUCCCAGCCGGCAGGAGGGAACCAGCCACAGACACCUUUCACUGAUUUCUACAUCUGCCCACAGCACAGGCCUCUGGUGUUCGGCCUCAGCUGCAUGUUGCAGAGCAUCGUGUUGUGCUGUCCCAGUGCUCUGGUGUGGCAUUACUCUUUAACGGACAGCAGAAACAAGACUGGUUCACCCCUCGACCUGCUGCCAAUCGCCCCGUCCAGUUUGCCAAUGCCAGGAGGCAAUACUGCCUUUACACAACAGGUUCGUGCAAAGCUGCGAGAAAUUGAGGAGCAAAUCAAGGAGCGGGGCCAGGCAGUGGAGUUUAGGUGGUCGUUUGAUAAAUGCCAGGAGACCACAGCAGGGUUCACCAUCGGCAGGGUUCUCCACACCCUGGAGGUUCUGGACAACCACAGCUUUGAGAAAUCAGACUUCAACAACUCUCUGGAUUCGCUGUACAACAGGAUAUUUGGUUCGAGCCAGAGUAAAGACGGCCAUGAGAUGUCACCGGAUGACGAUGCGGUGGUGACUCUGCUCUGUGAAUGGGCUGUGUGCUGUAAGCGCUCUGGCAGACACAGAGCCAUGGUGGUGGCCAAGCUGCUGGAAAAGAGACAGGCAGAAAUAGAAGCAGAGAGGUGUGGUGAGUUGGAGGUGGUGGAUGAGAAGGGCUCUGUGUCAUCCGGUUCCCUCUCAGCUGCAACACUGCCGGUCUUUCAGGACGUACUGCUGCAGUUCCUUGAUACUCAGGCCCCCACACUGACGGAGCCGGGGAAUGAGAGUGAACGAGUGGAGUUCUCCAACCUGGUCCUCCUCUUCUGUGAGCUCAUCCGUCACGACGUCUUUUCCCACAACAUCUACAUGUGCACACUCAUCUCCCGAGGCGACCUGGCGUCCGACUCCCACCUGCCGCGUCCACGCUCCCCCAGUGACGAACCCUCCGAUGAAUCAGAGCGCAAGGAGCAGGACGCGAGCAGCAGUGUCAAGAUGGAGGAUACUGGUCUGUCAGAGUCAAUGGAAAUUGAUCACAACUCCAGUGCUAAUUUUGAUGAGAUGUUUUCACCACAGAUGCACUGUGAGUCCAAGGGGAGCCCCUCUCCAGAAAAGCCUGCUCCGGAGCAGGACAGCAAGGCCGGCUGUAAGGACAAGGGGAUGGACCCUGCCUUCCCUCAACUGUAUGAGCAACCCCGCCACAUUCAGUAUGCCACUCACUUCCCUAUUCCUCAGGAGGAGAGUGCCAGUCAUGAGUGCAACCAGCGUUUAGUGGUCCUCUAUGGUGUAGGCAAGCUGAGAGAUGAGGCGCGACACACCAUCAAGAAGAUUACCAAAGACAUCUUGAAGGUGCUCAACCGCAAAAGCACAGCAGAAACAGGAGGGGAGGAAGGACAAAAGAGGAAGAGGAGCAAGCCGGAGGCCUUUCCCACUGCAGAAGAUAUUUUCUCCAAAUUCCAGCACCUCUCCCAUUUUGACCAGCACCAGGUCACCUCCCAGGUGUCCAGAAACGUGCUGGAACAGAUCACCAGCUUUGCCUUAGGGAUGUCUUAUCACCUGCCUCUCGUCCAGCACAUUCAGUUCAUCUUUGACCUCAUGGAGUACUCCCUCAAUAUCAGUGGCCUCAUAGACUUUGCUAUUCAGCUCCUGAACGAGUUGAGUCUGGUGGAAGCUGAGCUGCUGCUCAAGUCGUCCAGCCUGGUGGGAAGCUACACCACCAGCUUGUGUUUGUGCAUCGUAGCUGUGCUGAGGAGGUACCACUCCUGCCUCAUUCUCAAUCCUGAACAGACAGCACAAGUUUUUGAUGGGUUGCGCAUUGUUGUGAAGUCAGGUGUGAAUCCGGCCGACUGUUCCUCCGCUGAGCGCUGUAUCUUGGCCUACCUGUAUGACCUGUACACCUCCUGCAGUCACCUCAAGAACAAGUUUGGAGAGAUCUUUAGCGAGUUCUGCUCUAAAGUGAAAAACUCCAUCUACUGCAACAUUGACCCAUCAGACUCCAACAUGCGCUGGGACCAACACUUCAUGAUAGAGGCCAUUGCCAACCCAUCGUCCCACAACUUCAACCACUCCAUGGUGGGGAAGAUCCUCAACGACAGCCCGGCCAACCGCUACAGCUUUGUCUGUAACGUGCUCAUGGAUGUGUGUGUGGACCACCGAGACCCAGAGAGGGUGAACGAUAUCGGGAUCCUGUGUGCGGAGUUGACGGCGUAUUGUCGCUCCCUGAGUGCGGAGUGGCUCGGCAUUCUCAAGGCUCUGUGCUGCUCCUCUAACAACGGCAACUGUGGCUUCAAUGAUUUGCUUUGUAACGUCGAUGUUAGCGAUUUGUCCUUCCAUGAUUCCCUGGCAACCUUCGUAGCUAUUCUCAUCGCCAGACAGUGCUUGCUACUGGAAGACCUGGUUCGCUGUGUGGCCAUUCCUUCACUGCUCAAUGCAGCUUGCAGCGAGCAAGACUCUGAGCCAGGAGCCAGACUCACCUGCAGAAUCCUGUUACACCUUUUCAGGACCCCACAGCGCAACCCGGUCCCUCGAGAUGGUGUGAAGUCAGAUAAGUCCUCAGUUGGUAUCCAGUCUUCCUGUGAUCGCCAUCUUCUUGCUGCUUCUCAGAACAGCAUAGUUGUUGGAGCAGUAUUUGCCGUCCUCAAAGCAGUAUUUAUGCUCGGCGACGCUGAGCUAAGAGGCUCAGGGCUGUCACACCCAGCAGGCCUCGACGAUAUAUCUGAAGCAUGUAAUGUCUCCAUAGAGACAGCAAGCUUGGAUGUAUAUGCAAAGUAUGUUCUGAAGACGAUCUGCCAGCAGGAAUGGGUUGGAGAACGGUGCCUGAAGUCUCUGUCUGAGGACAGCAGUGCCCUCCAGGACCCAGUGCUGGUAAACAUUCAGGCCCAGCGGCUACUGCAGCUUAUUUGCUACCCUCACCGCCAGUUAGACAGUGACGAUGGUGACAACCCUCAGAGGCAGAGGAUCAAGCGCAUCCUGCAGAAUAUGGACCAAUGGACGAUGAGACAGUCGUCUCUGGAGCUGCAGCUCAUGAUCAAACAGAGCACAAACAAUGAGCUCUACUCUCUCUUGGAGAACAUUGCUAAAGCCACUAUAGAGGUGUUUCAGAAAUCAGCUGAGAUGAACUCCAAUAACCCCUCAGGGAAUGGAGCAACAGCCCAAGGGGGCUCCGCAUCUACUAACAAUAGCACUACAAACAAGAUGAAACCUAUUUUAAGCUCGUCCGAGCGGUCAGGAGUUUGGCUGGUGGCUCCACUAAUAGCCAAGCUGCCCACUUCAGUCCAAGGCCAUGUGCUGAAGGCAGCCGGAGAGGAGCUGGAGAAAGGACAGCACCUUGGCUCUUCAUCCCGUAAAGAGAGGGACAGGCAGAAACAGAAAAGUAUGUCCCUACUCAGCCAGCAGCCGUUCCUGUCUUUGGUGCUGACCUGCUUGAAGGGUCAGGAUGAACAGAGGGAAGGUCUUCUCACCUCUCUCUACAGUCAAGUGCAGCAGAUUGUCACCAACUGGAGAGAAGACCAGUACCAGGACGACUGCAAGGCCAAGCAAAUGAUGCACGAGGCCCUGAAACUACGACUCAAUCUUGUUGGUGGUAUGUUUGACACGGUGCAGCGCAGCACCCAGCAGACCACUGAGUGGGCGGUACUACUCCUCGACAUUAUCAGCAGCGGCACUGUGGACAUGCAGUCCAAUAAUGAGCUCUUCACAACAGUGUUGGACAUGUUGAGUGUGCUGAUUAAUGGCACGCUGGCCGCUGACAUGUCCAGCAUCUCUCAGGGCAGCAUGGAGGAGAAUAAGAGAGCCUAUAUGAACCUGGUUAAGAAGCUCAGGAAAGAGCUUGGAGAUCGGCAGUCUGAAAGUUUGGAAAAGGUUCGCCAGCUUCUGCCGCUGCCCAAGCAGUUCCGUGAUGUCAUCACCUGUGAACCUCAGGGCUCGCUCAUAGACACUAAGGGAAACAAGAUCGCUGGCUUUGAGAAGGAGGGCCUUCAAGUAUCAACCAAACAGAAGAUUUCUCCGUGGGACGUCUUUGAGGGCCUGAAACACUCGGCCCCACUCUCCUGGGGCUGGUUCGGCACAGUCCGCGUCGACCGUAAGGUCACUAAAUUUGAGGAGCAGCAGCGUUUCUUGCUUUACCACACCCACCUGAAGCCCAAACCUCGUAGCUAUUACCUGGAGCCGCUGCCUCUGCCUCCUGAAGAGGAGGAGCCCCUGACACCUGUCUCCCAAGAACCGGAGAAGAAGAUGAUGGAGGCAGUGAAGCCAGAAAAGAGUGUGCCCGCUGUGCCCCCUGACUCGAAGAAGAAAUCCAACAAGAAAAAGAAAGCUCAGUCCAACAAGACAGAGCAGGACUACAAUCGUACUCCAGGCGGUGUGAGCUGUGGCCCCAAUAUGCCACCGGAUUUGAUCCAAAGCCACCCAUAUAGCAGGAUGCCCUAUGGCCAACAGCCUAUGAGCAUGUACACACAGAACCAGCCUCUACCUCCAGGAGGUCCAGGUUUAGAACCUCCAUACAGACCUGCCCGCAACCCACAGAUCAACAAAAUGAUGACCCCUCGGCCCAACUAUCCUGGCAUGAUGCCUGGCAUGCAGGGGAGCAUGCCUGGUAUGAUGGGAAUGGACAAGCAAUACCAAAUGGGUUAUAAGGCCCAGGCCAGCAUGCCACAAGGCCAGAUGCUGCGACAACAACUACAGGUCAGACUGAAUCAGGGGUUGAUAGGGCAGAUGAGACCAAUGGCACCCAACCCACCUUACACACCAAUGCAGGCAUCUCAGAACAUUUCUCAGGGCUAUACCACAUAUGGGUCCCACAUGGGCAUGCAGCAGCAUCCGUCCCAAGCAGGUGGUAUAGGUCCUUCCUCCUAUGGGAACCAAAACUACCAAGCUGCCCAUCCUGGAGCCAACCCGGCUGUGGUGGAUCCUCUGAGGCAAAUGCAGCAGAGGCCUAGUGGAUACGUUCACCAGCAGGCUCCAGGCUACGCACACAAUAUGCAGAACACUCAGAGGUUUGCUCACCAGCCCCUCCCGCAGAACUCUAUGAUGCACGGUCUCGGUCACAUGGGAGGCCAAGGUGUACAUCCAAACUUGAGGCCUAAUUCGAUGUUGGCAGAACAGCAACAGCAGCAGCAACAGCAACAACAACAAGCAGCGCAGCAGCAGUACCUCAGACAACAUGCAAUCAGAGUACAUAAUCAGCAAGUUCAACAGCAACAGCAACAAGCAGCGCAGCAGCAGCAGCAGCAGCAGCAGCAGCAGCAGCAGCAGGUCCAACCACAGCAGGUUCCUCCUCAACAGCAGGUUCCUCAACAGCAACAGCAGCAGGUGUCAGCGGUGCCUCCACCGGGGCAGGCACAGAACCAGGGUCUGGGAAUGCAGACGCUGCCUCCACAGCAGCCCAUGUUCCCACGACAGGGGAUGCAGCAGACUCAACAGCAGCAGCAGACUGCAGCUCUGGUCAGACAGCUGCAACAACAACUUUCAAAUACACAACCAGGACAGGGCACCAAUUCAUAUUACUGAUCAUGCUUGUUCAUAGUAGUGUGUGUGGAGAAAAGGCUCUCAUUUUGUGGGGAGGCCCAGCUCCAUUGAUUGGCAAAUGAAUGUGUCCCAUGAAGUGAUUUAGGAGGGAAGACUGUUCGAGGCACAAAGGACCACCAAACAGAUGAACCAAAUCCAAGUUUGACCACUGAGGCAACGAUCAGUAAAUAUCUUGACUUCAGCUGUGUAAUUAUGGAUUAUCAAAGGAAGGGAUCCUGAUCUGAAGUAAACACAUUAUGGUUGAUGAUGGAAAAGUCUAUGUAAAAAAACAAACAAAAAAGUACCACAAAUUAUAAGAAUAAUGCAAUUUUUUUAUUUUAUUUCAAUUUGUACAAUUUUUUCAGUUUCGUGUAUUUCUCAUUAAAAACUCAUGUCAGUUUUUA